AGGAUGAAGUUGCUCAGUUUGAUGCCAAGAUUUCCCAAAUGGGAGAGCAUGGAUCUAUUUCCUUUAAACCCAUUGGUAAGUGGAAUAAUAUACAAUGUUUAUAACAUGCAUGCAGUGUUUUCAAUGAUUAUGGUGGCCAUGAAAUGCUGCUUUAUAUAUUAAUUGGACACUUGCACUUUAGAGGUCAUCAAUGGACGACUUACGCUUUAGACUAAAUUUUAAUCUAAGUAAAAACAGCGAAAUCUUUCACCACACGUAGAAAGAGCGUCUUGGAAUUAGUAAUAUUACAAAGUUUGGUUGCGAAAUGUUGUAAAAUACGGAAAAUAUAGCCCUUCAAAGUUGGCAAAUUUGUAUACUUUUGUAUUACGUGCGUGAAUUGGUAACUAAAUUAGUUACCAGUUUCCGCAAUAAUAGAAAUGUAUACAAAUUUGCCAAUUUCGCAGGGCCAUAUUUUCUGUAUUUUACAACAUUUCGCAACCAAACUUUGCAGUUUUUCUAAUUUUGAUAACUUCUUUCCAAAAAUAUCCUUUAUUAUUACCAGGUUAAAAAUUUUUCUAAAGCGCAAGUCGUCCAAAGGAUCCCAAUCCUCAUCAUAUCGAGCCACAGUAAUUUUAAUGUAGUGUGCCCUAAAUACAAUAGAAAGACUGUGGACGUACAUUUUCAGUAACAGCAUGUCAAGCAUGGAAUCCUUUGCCAAUAGACUGCAGAAAUAUUGAUCAACUCAAUUUUAGGAUUUUGAAACAAUUAUCGGACCUUGCUUUUUAAUCAACAGCAGUUUUUAGCAUCAUUUUCUUGUAUAUUCUGUAGUUCAGUCCCAUUACUUGUAUAAUUUUUUAUUCAUAAUAAAUGUUGUUAUUUUAAAAUUUCUGGACACAUUUAUAGAUCUAACUAUUUGUAAUAUAUUAACUAAAUUUUAGAGGCCCGUACAAGUUUAAAUUGUUAGCGUGUAUAACUAUUAAUUUGUAUGUGUUACCCUAAUAAAGACUUUACGUAGUAUACUUACUUACCUAGUAGUACUUACUUAUUAGACAGUGUAGAAGAUUAAAGUUAGGCGCAUUCCAAAUCGGGCACAAUUCAACUUAAUGGGUUAAACAGCAGCUACAAACUUUUUGUGUACAAAAUAGGAUAUACAGUAGUGUUAAAACCUUGCAAUGUUUAUAGCUUUCAUGGUUAUAAAAUUAUUGUCAUUGACAGUUUAUUCCGAAAUUAUUGUGAGUGCCGUUGCAGUCCCCCCCCACUGUACCUGAAUUUACAUUCAUUCACUGAUGGUGGUGCAAGUUUUGAGUUGCAGAAAAUUGCACAUUCGGUAAUGGGGAGGAACUAAGUAACCUUGUUUGUGGUGGGGCAUGCAGGUGGGAGUGUCAGAUUUACGGGGGGUGUUUAGGGGUGUGCACCCCUGUUGGCCUUGGGCAACAAGGGUGAAGGCGGGAGUGGGGCAAAAAUUAAAUAAAAUCUUACCUUUUAAAUGUUUGAGGUAUUCAAAUUAUCAGUCUUAGACUAACUUACUUUAAGUUUUGGAUGUACAGUACCACAGCACUAGUUCAAAUACUAAUAAGUCCAAUAAUAUUAAUAUUGUUUAGUUCGAUACUUGGAUUAAAUAAAGUGACUGCUAAUAAUUCAUAAGCUUAUUGGCAAAUCAUGUCAACCAUAAUAUGCCACGUGCAGUGGCUUUAAACCUGAUAAAGCACUCCUAAUUAGUAUUCUUUAUAUAAAGAAUACUAAUAAGGCAGUAUCUAUUGUAGUUGUGUCCUCAUUAGUAUUCUUUAUAUAAAGAAUACUAAUAAGGCAGUAUAUCUAUUGAAUUUGUAGUCUUGUUUGAAGCCGUUUAAUAAACUCGCAGGUCGUUGGUGUUGGAUACCAAACUGUGAAUGACUUGUAUCCAUACUGGAUACUAAGGAAAUUUGAAACAUUAAGAAAAUGUUAAACACCUUUGGUGGGCUCUUGAUAGCUUUUGAAUACUAUCAGUUUGCCACCCGUCUUUCCUCAUUGAGGACUAGCAUAUAAAAGUUUGUUGAAGGAUUAUGUAGAUUUUAGUGUACUGUAUUAAUGAAUUGUUUAGUUAUUGGCUGUUGAAUCUCCUGUUGUUAUUGUAAAUAUUUGUAACAGUGAGAGUUAUGGAAACUUAUUUGGAUGGGACGGGGUAUAAUACUUAUGAUAACCAGUAUCCAGAAGUGGGAUACUGGAUUCUCAUGGGGGAUACUAAACUUUGAAUCCUGAUAUCCCAGUUGGAUAGAAAAAAUAUAAAUUUCAGACCCUGUAUAUACAUGAACUUGUGGUUAGGGCUCAACAUGCUACUGGUCACUGUAGAGUGCUGCACCAGAAUUGCAGGGACCUAAAGUUGCAUUUUUGCAGCUGUUCCUGGUUAAGUCUGACGACUUAUAAAUGUAUAUAAAUUUCCACUCGAUAAUUUCCAUCCACAAUACCCUUCAACUUUAUUCAAUCGAGUGCAAUGCCAACAAAAUCUUAGUAAAAAUAAUAUCUUUUCAGAUGAGAUCACUAACUGAAUCAAAAAGUGAGGUUAAUGAUAAAACUUCUGAAAUCCAUAAUGACUCAAAUGGUAACACCACUAAAGAAGUUGAAAACAAGAAUUACACUGACUUACCAAAAUCUGGAAUCCAUUAUGUGUCUCAUAAAAUAAAAACACAGCUGAUAACAUGCUAUGAAAAUGACGAAAGCUACGGUGGCCGACAAGGGCAACACAAAUAUUUAGAUGAAACACAAAAGUAUAGAUAG